AUGGGGGAUGAUGGAAUGUUUCGGAAGUUUGGUGGAGUGGAAGGAGAUUACAUAGAAUGUGCAGCUCAGCUGGAGAAACAGUUGGCUGAGUCUCUGAUUUACCAAGACCCUCCAGACCCCAGUGUGGUACUUGCCCUGUGUCUGGUUAAACACAAGAUCGAACCACACGUUGUCAACAAACUUAAGGAGACUGUUAUUAGCAAAGGGGCGAGUAUGACCAGUGGGAAACUGGGCCAGUAUGUAUUGGCAUUGAGCUGCUGUUGUGAAAACCCAACGAAGCUGACCAUUGAUAACAAAUUGAACCAUGGCAUCAACCUGGAGUCAUUGCUUUCUGAGAAGCUUGGCCACGAGAUUAAAAACAUCGAGGUGAAAAAGCACCCUUUCACCACCUACUAUCAAGUUUCACUUGCUGUGCUUGCACUUUGCCAAGAUGAUUACUUGAUUAGGAAGAGCGAUAUCAAAAUUUUCGCACAGGCUGUGAUGAACGAUGAGCUCUCCUACGGAGACCACUUCUCAGUGGAUACGGUUGCUAUGGCUGCCAUGGCCUUUAGCUGUCUAAACGGUUCCUACAAGCCAGCUGACUCCAUCAAGAUUGCCUUGACAAAACUGAUCAUGCAGAUUUACUGUGCAAAAGAAGCUCAGGGAACAAUUGGGAAUAUCUAUAGCACUGGCCUGGCCAUGCAGGCUCUUAUUGCUAACAGUGAUUUCAUUCCAUUCCCCGUCUGGAAUACUUCAAAGAUUCCAGAGAGAGUUGUGGAAGAAAUCAGCCAGGAAGCAUUCUCAAACUCGGACAUGGCUUCACAGAUCUUGCCACCUCUGUUGGAGAAGACAUAUCUGGAGGCUGGUAAAGGGUGCUAUGGUGGAGUAAGUGGAACACAGUCAAAGGCAGAGAUAAGCUAUAGCAGAAUGAUUUCUGUGGACUACACUGUAAAUGAUGGCACCACUUUACAUUCCAUCCAUCUAACAGUCCAUGCCGGUACAGUCCUUCUCAAAAUUAUGGAACUUGCACAGGCGAUGGAUUCAGAAUACUUUCGAUUCAAGGCUAUCCAGACUUCCUUGGGCCCCUUCAUCACCAGCAUUGGUGGUAUUCCGGCCAGCAGUGAUGAAAGGACCUUUUGGCAGUUUCUGAAUGGGACUGUGCCAAUUCCUGUUGGUGUCGCUGAGUACGAACCUUCCAAUGCGGAAAAUGUCAUUGCAAUACUGUCCAAAUAUUGA